UUCCAUUUACCUCCUUCUGUUGGCCAGACUUCUAAAAAAAAUUUGGCGGCAUCCGGGCUUUUGAUGUCCCGGAAAUACGAACACAACAGAUUCGGACAGUUUCCAAGGCAUCAAUCCUUAUUAAGAGAGCAUGUGCACCUAUCAAUUGAUAUACCAUCCAACUCCCCGCCCAUAAUUGACGACAAUCCGCUGCAUGCACUCUGUGCACCUGCAUUUCAUUGCAAGUCCCUCCUCAGGGCAAUAAAUCCUACAAUCUUGCUCAUUUCCACGUGUUCUUUGAUAGGGACUCUCGGUAGAUUCAAGUGCGCUUCUCUAGAUUCGAGUUCUUUGGCCAUUCGAGCGUUCUCUAGCGUUCCACGGGGCAGCAAACCUGAAACCAACGGGCUUAAUUCUUUCGUGCGCAGGAUUGUGGUAGGAGGAUCAACAGAGAGAGAGGGAGGGUUGGUUGGUUGGCUUGUCAGUUGAUGAUUGGAGUUGUCAGUGAUGAGAUCUCGCUUGUGCUACUUAUCGAACCGAGGUGUUGACGAUUUCUUAAAGUGACUUAAAAGGCCUAGAUUUGUGAGUGUGUGUGUAUGGGUGGGUGUGAGUGUGUUUGGCACGUUCGCAGCUGUGUCAAGCCAAGUUUUGGAGGCUUCUCCUUGUUCAGGAACAAGUAUAGGAGAAGAGAUGGUCAAAUGAGUGUGACCAAUAGAGUUUUCUAAACUUUUUCCCAUGACUUGCCGAUUUGAGUGUGGAGGUGCAAUUCAUAUGAGAAUCGACUCUUAAGUACGGAUCAGCCAUAAUGUAUAUCUCAGAUCUCUACGAGGAUGACCUGGAGAUUUCCAUCAAGGUGGUGAUUGUUGGGAAUGGAGCGGUCGGGAAAUCGUCCAUGAUCCAGCGCUAUUGUCGGGGCAUCUUCACCCAGAAUUACAAGAAGACCAUUGGGGUCGACUUUCUUGAGAAACACCUACGAGUAUCAGAUGAGGAGGUUCGCUUGAUGUUGUGGGACACAGCGGGUCAGGAGGAAUUCGAUGCCAUCACCAAGGCCUAUUAUCGUGGUGCCCAGGCUUGCGUGGUGGCCUUUUCAACGGUCGAUCGGGCCUCAUUUGAGGCCGUUCGGAAAUGGAAGAAGAAGGUCGAGGAUGAGUGUGGCCUCGUCCCGAUGGUGUUGGUUCAAAACAAAAUCGACUUGCUCCACGAAUCUCAAGUGACCGCGGCCGAAGUUGAGCACCUCGCCAAAGAGCUCCAAAUGCGCUUGUAUCGGACCUCUGUCAAGGAGGAUCUAAAUGUGAUGAAUGUGUUCCAACAUCUCGCCGAGAAUUAUGUCAGUCGGGUGAAGAAUUAUUCGGACCCGGUCCUCAACGAGACGUCCCUGGCAUUCUCCUCGCUGCAAAUCGGCGGCACCAAUCUGGGCAUGAGCACAGCCAACCCGUCGAGGGUCGGCCCACCCUAUGUCACCCCCAACAAGCAUAAUUAUCCUCAUCAUCAUCCUCACCAUCAGUAUCAGAAUAAUAAUAACAACAAAAACCCCCAUCACCACCAUCUCCACCAAAAUGCGAAUGGUAAUGGCUUUGUCAGACAAACGGGCUAUCCAAACACCACGAGUACCAAGAACAAUGUGAAUUACUCAAGAUCCAAACCACCCCGGUAUGCCAGUCCUCAAGGACGGAGUCCAACCUCGAUCGGCGGCAAUCUGAGCAGUGGCUUCCAAAAGCACAUCCUCCGACGGAAUAACGACGCCAACACAUUCCGAAACAACUACGCUCAUCAUGCCUAUCACUUCUCACCCCAAGACUAUUUGAACAACCCCAUGUUCGAUUCGCUCCAUCAGAACCGCCGCUAUUGGCCCUCGUCCGAGCGAACCAUCACGCUCCGACCUUUGGGAUCGCUGGCCAAGAAGAACGCACACAAGAAAGUGCCCAUGAUGAAUUUGAACUCUUGUAAGGUGCUCUGAACAUUCAAACAAAGAACCGUGACAACACUAGGCAUGUCAGUGUGUGAAUCAAACCAAGCUCCAGAUCGAUGCAAGGCCCAAACAAGCAACAAAUACUCCCAUAAGAAACCAAGUGAAUGAUGGCUCCUGUGUAAUAGCGGAUCUAGUCAAAGCUGAGCACAAGGAAACCCAAAGCAGAAAAUUGUAUCGCGUUAUGUACUAUUGUAAUAAAUCCCAUUGGUCAAUGCUAA